CUUCGGUUCGGCUCGGCUAUGGAGGGUCUGCGGGGAAAUUGGACCCAGACGCUGUUUGUUUGGGGAGCAAAUAAUUAUGGACAGCUUGGUCUUGGCCAUAAACAAGAUGUGCUCCUACCCCAAGCCCUAAAGGAGUUUGCUGGUAGUCAAAGAACCCUCAGAAAUGUUGCUGGCGGUGGGGGACAUUCUGCAGUUAUUACUGAUACUGGAGAACUGUUUUUGUGUGGCCAGAAUAAAAAUGGGCAGUUGGGACUCAAUCACAUAGAAGAUGUGAUACACUUUACGUUGUGCCCUUCUUUGUCUGGUUGUCCUGUAGUACAAGUUGCCUGUGGUUGGGAUUUCACAAUCAUACUUACAGAAAGUGGCCACCUUUUAUCCUGUGGAUCUAAUUCUUUUGGUCAACUGGGAGUUCCUCAUACUCUAAGAGGAUGCUCUGUCCCACAGAAGAUUGAGUCUUUAAAGGACAAUGUGGUGAGCGUUGCAGCUGGACUCCGGCAUGCCCUUGCUGCCACAGAAAAUGGUUCAGUGUUCCAGUGGGGAACUGGUAUGGUGUCUCAUGCAAAGCGGUCAUGUCAAGGAAAAACGAUUCCAUCAUUCUUGAGAGCAAAGGAACCUUGCAGAGUAACAGGCCUUGAAAACAUCCAAGUGAAGAACGUCACUUCGGGGUCGUACCAUGCUGCAUCACUUACAGCUGAAGGAGAGCUGUAUGUUUGGGGGAGCAACAAGCACAAGCAGCUAGUGAGCAAAGAUGAUUUUCUUUUGAAACCUCGGAAGAUCGAGCCUCACUGUUUCUUGGACGAAAAGGUUAGAAGAGUCUGGAAUGGAUGGACACACGUGGUGGCGCAAACGGAGACAGGGAAGACCUUUACCUGGGGCAGAGGGGACUAUGGUCAACUUGGAAGGAACGGGAUGCUGUCUGAGGGACAAAGCCGGGAUGAGAAGAGAUCCACUGAAUUCCUUUUCAAAGAGCCGCUCGCUGUUCCAGUGACAGUGCCCAGUCUGACUGGAGCAUCUGAGGGAGAGCCACAGUGUUAA